AUGGAGGCGAGCGUGUAUAAGAGGUUAGAAGUUAAGCCAACAAGGACCGUGGAGGAGAGGAACGCCCGAAGAAGAAAGGAGACGAUAGACGGGGAGAGUUUACGGCAACAACAACAGCAACCGCAGCGUGACAGCAGCUCGGUUAUCGGAAACCGACGAUCGAUCCUAGCUUUGACAAUGCUCACCGCGGCCACCGUCUCCGGUACCCACGUGCCCGACAAAUAUCCGAUCGAGGUGUAUCAUAUGCUGCGGGAGAAGACACAGUUCGGACUGGGCCGAGAUAAUCGCAUUAGGGGAACCUGGGGGCCCUGGAGUCCCUGGAGCGAGUGUUCGAGGAGCUGCGGCACGGGUAUCCAAUCUCAGUCCCGCGAGUGUGUGCCGUACCAGAGACUUUUAAGGAAGAGGAGCAUUAUCCCGGGGAACGGGACGAACAGCAACUCGCGGCCUAUUUGCAUCGGCACAUACAAGCGAUACCACACGUGCAACACGCAGAAAUGUCCGAACUUCCCGGAGGAUUUGCGGGCGGAACAAUGCGCCAAGUAUAACGGAAGAAACUACAAGGGGGAGAGCUACGAUUGGGUUCCGUUCGUGGACGCACCGAACUCUUGCGCGCUCAAUUGCCGUGCCGUCGGCGAGCGUUUUUACGCAACGCUUGAACCGGCAGUAAUGGACGGCACACCCUGCGACGCUCCGAAUCUUCGUGGGCAUAAUGCCGGAAUUUCUAUGGAACGCGCAGACCGGUGGCUCUGUGUCGCUGGACAAUGCAAGCCGGUAGGUUGCGACGGCGUGGUCGGCUCAGGCGUGACGACGGACGCUUGUGGUGUCUGUGGUGGUCAGGGUAAAGGUUGUAGACUGUACGAGGGUAUUUUUAUGGAGCCAAUCCUGCCGAGGGGUCAUCAACCGGUGACCACCGUUCCGAAGGGAGCCAUGUCCCUCAACAUCUCCGAACUUCGAUUCAGCAGCAACUUCUUAGCGUUGAGAGACAGCAACGGUAGUUACAUCCUGAACGGUCCGUUCGCUUACAGUUCAAGCGGCACUUAUAAAGUGGCUGGCACGACAUUAACAUACCAGAGGGGUGACAGAAGCCGCGUGGAGUGCAUCUUAGCAACGGGGCCGUUGAACGAUUCUUUGCAUUUGGAGAUUCUGGCGCAGGAAAUGAACCCCGGAGUGCUUUACAAGUACAUGUUGCCGUUAAAGGAAACGCCAAACGGGAGGCCGAAGAUAGCGCCGCCCCUCUUUGUGACAGGAUCGAUCGAUCGUGGCAACGAAAUACCUGAUUCGGAUGCUCGCGUCGCUCUGACGAUACCCGCGACCAGAAUAUCCGAUCAGAGAGCCGAUUUAUCACCGACGAAUCACGAGCAGAAUCGGCCACGGCCGCGUGACAGAUCACGGAAGGAAGAGAUGAAGCGUCAGCCGACCACCGUGAUGGCCGGUGAUCAGCCAAAGUCGAAGGCCAAGAAGAGGAAACGAACGAAGUUCGCGUGGAAGGUGUUCGAAUUGACCCCGUGCACCAAGGAAUGCGGAGGAGGUAUCAGAACCGCGAUUUUCAAGUGCAUCCGCGAGGCCAAUCAGAUGCUCGUGAACGAAAAGCGUUGCCGUAACGUGGGAAAGCCCGAGCAGCCACCCCCGUUGCGUUGCAACGACCAUCCCUGCCCGGCCAGAUGGAGGGCGGCGGAACCGUGGAGCGAGUGCUCGGUCAGCUGCGGCUCCGGCGGUACCAGGACACGAAAAUUGGAGUGCGUACAGGAGCUGAACGCGAACCUGACGAUGCGAGUAGCAGCCGGUGCGUGCGUACAACCGCCCGAUCUGAGAACCGUGGAACCAUGUACUAAACAACCGGCUUGCACGACUGGCCCGGAAUUAAGGCACAUGCACUCGCAGCACGACACACCCAGAUGGGACGUCGGUGCUUGGGGUCCGUGCUCGACAACGUGUGGACCGGGAGUACGGAAUCGGACGGUCACGUGUAUUACGUCGGGGAAGUCCUGUCCGUUGUCGGACAAGCCGGAAUCCGAAAAGACUUGCGAAUCUGUGUUGUGUAUGCAGAACGGCGCGGAGCAACAACAGGCGCCCUGGCUGUACUCCGACUGGUCGUCCAAGUGCUCCGCGGAGUGCGGCAGGGGAGUGGAAACUAGACAAGUGGCGUGCGCCGACGGCAGCGAGCUGUUUUGCAAUCCCAAAGAAAGACCGGAAACGGAGAGGCCGUGUUUCGACGGAGGAGCGAACUGCGACACCGCCAAGUGGUUCACCGGUCCCUGGACACUGUGUUCCGUGUCGUGCGGCGUGGGUGUCCAGUAUCGGGAUGUCCUUUGCGUCGCAAGGACGAGCAACGAAUUCGUCGUGUUGUCGGCGAACAACUGCACCGGCGUCUCGAGACCGGCGAACGAGCAGUCGUGCAGAGCGUCCCCGUGUACACCGGAAUGGUUCACCUCGGACUGGUCGAAGUGUUCGGCGACGUGCGGCACUGGCGUGCAAACCAGACUGGUUCGUUGUAUCCACGAGGGUGUCGGUAACACGAUGUGUACAGAGGCGACAAGACCGACCGAGAGACAACAAUGCAGCCUCGAAUCGUGCAAGAAGGAUCUCACGGCGCCGAGCAAACCACCGAAAAAAGCCUACGAGACGUCCCAAUGCGUCGACAAAUACACAAACUGCGAGCUGGUCGUGAAGACUGGUCUGUGUCGGAUACAGUACUACAAGAGGUUACGUACAUACCACACAGAGCCGUUUUGUUUGUGUUCGAUUGAACUCUCUCGUAGCUCCCCCUUUAGAAAAUGUAACACGAUCGUCGACUAG